CGCGCAGUUCGAGUCGUAAAUAAUUAAAACAGACAUUGGUAACCUUUUACAUCACAUGCAAGUGUUAUAGUGGAAAAUACCCGAAAAUAAACAAUUAAUUUGUGUCCCGCAAAUUAGCAAGUCAUGAAGAUGGCAAGUCAUCGGCUACUAAGGAUAGAGGAAGAAGUUUUAUUAUAGCAUGAAAUAUUUAUCUUCUGAAAUGGCUAUCGUCAAGUUUAGGCCUAUCAUCAAAUUGUGCUGGUUUUAUAAUCCUACAAGAUGAUUAAGGAGGUGGAUCAUUCUCGGGUGAUACAGGUCUUUCUAUGGUCUGUUGCAGCUUUGUUUCUGUGUGCAUUUACUUCUUUGUACACGCAGAUCCCAGGGUUGUAUGGGAAAGAUGGUCUGUAUCCUGCAUCAUACAUUCUUGAGGACAAGUCAUUGUGUCAUGAUAAUGACAGAAGAUGCAGUAACUGGUCAAAACAAAGCCAAUGUUUUGAAAAUUCUGAGUGGAUGCUAGAAAACUGUGCUAAAAGUUGCAAUGCCUGCAAAUCUAGUUUCCAGACAUAUAUGGCAUUCCCCACACUGUUAUGGCAUACACCAUAUCUUGGAUUGUCUACAGAAACUGGAAUGGAAUUUCUCUGCCUGUUAGGAAUUUUGUUAUCAUUUUACAUGCUAUUGUCAAGACCAAAUAGAGAUUGCUUGAAUUACAUUUUCUUAUGGAUUCUUUAUUUUUCGCUUGUCCAGGUUGGACAAAUCUUCCUUUAUUACCAGUGGGACAACCUUUUGCUAGAAAUGGCAUUUUUUGCUGCUUUGGUUUCUCCUUGGACUUUUUACAAUGGUCCAUGGAAUUUAUUAAAAUGUACGAGAAUUGAAGUUCACGUCCAAAGAGAACAUGAUCUCAUAACAUUUUGGCUUGUAAGAUGGCUCCUAUUUCGACUCAUGUUUGCAUCUGGCAUCGUUAAGUUACUUUGGAUGGACGAAACAUGGUGGAAAUUAACUGCUUUGAACUGGCACUAUGAAUCACAGUGUAUUCCGACACCUCUUGCAUGGUACAUGCAAAAGCUUCCGGAUUCUUUUCAUCGACUGUGUGUAGUUUUCACAUAUCUGAUUGAAAUCGUGAUUCCAUUCCUAUUUUUUGCACCAGUAAGGUCGAUACGACUAUUCGCAUUCUGUUCGGAGGUACUGCUGCAAUUCAUGAUUCUUCUCACUGGCAACUAUAAUUUCUUCAAUUUAUCUACAAUGACCCUUUGUCUCUCUUUACUGGAUGAUAAGUUUCUGACUUCUAGUACAGAUUGGAACAAAAUUUAUCAAUCUGUAAGAGCCGCGUUUGAAAGAAAGAAGAACGCUGAAAAAGAAAAAGCAGCUGAAGCUCUUGGACAAGUCGCAACCGAUGAUGAUAAAACGUCUAAUGCCAAUGCUCUUAAAAUGCAUGUAUCCAGUACUUGGUUGCUAUGUCGAAGACGGCUAUUUACUUGGCUAAAGACCGAAGUUAAUCCGAAAACGAUCUUAAAACUCCAAGAUAUGCUGGAAAGUAGACCGUUUGGAAUUCUGAGAAGUGUAAUCGUAGCAAUUUUAUUUCUUGGAACGGUUAUUUGCCUGUUUGUGGUUGCAGUUGUUUAUUUUGGUUUACGGUUCGAAAAGCAUGAGUUCCUGUACACAGAGAUAAAAUUCACACCAGCGUGGUUUACCAAGACGCUGACGUCACUUCUCUCUGUUGCAAUCAUUGUUCCUUUCGUAUGUUUGAUUAUGCAGAUCAUUUCUUCAGCAUUACGGUGCCUUCUUAAAGACUACAGUAUCAAAUUGAAAGUAAUCUCACUACUACAAACAAUCGUAUUUGGGAGUUUCGCUGUCUGGAUUUUUGGCAUAACAUUGGUGCCACUGACUGAGCUCGACCUUAGAUCAAGGAACAGAAUACCAAAGAUUUUCAUAAGACAGCACAAAUUUUUGGAAAAAUACAAGACAUUCAAUUCAUACGGGUUGUUUCGAAGUAUGACUGGAAUAGGAGGUCGUCCUGAAGUUGUAAUCAUGGGAGGAGAUUCUCUGGAUCAAAACACUACUUGGAAGGAAUACAAUUUUAUAUAUAAGCCUGGAAACCUUUUUUUUGCUCCACCUUAUAAUGUGCCUCAUCAACCUCGUUUGGACUGGCAGAUGUGGUUCGCCUCUCUUGGAGAUUACAUGUCGAAUCCUUGGUUUGUUCAACUGACUUAUAAGCUCUUGAAUGGUGAAAAGGCUGUCCUCGAUUUGAUGUCAACAAAUCCCUUCAUGGAGAAACCUCCGAAAUACAUCAGAAGUGUGCUGUACCGAUAUCAUUACACAAUGAAUCAGUCUGGCUUUAUUGAUGCAGUGUUCCAUGGCAGCCAUGAAAGAGCCUGGUGGAAGCGUGAAUAUGUAUCCGAGUAUAUGCCUAUUGUUUCAAAGAAUGACACUGCAUUAAAGCGAACGUUGAGAAGAUAUGGACUGAUAAGGAACAAUAGAGUGGACCAGAAAACAGGCUUUUUUCAUAACUUCAUCGUAUCAAUGCGACGUGCUGCUCACGUGACUCGGACUGAAUAUCUCAUAUACUUCAAGUUUGCAUUUCUUUUACUUAUAUUGAGUUUCCAGCAUUGGUGGAAAAGGCAUGGGGCCCCAAGAUGCAAGAAAGCAAUGAACAAGAUCGAACAUGGUUUGAAAACAAUUCUUGGAGGUUUAGGAGCACACAGAUGCGAAACAGAUAGUAAGUAACAGGGGAUGCGCUACAAUUUGAACAGGU